CGGAGUUCACUCAUCCGCAUUUUUUCUGGAUGAUGUGCGCAGAAAAAUAGGGCGUUGUGGAGACUCCCUCAUUCAUUCGCAGAGAAAACUCUUGUUCUUAAAGACGCAGCCGUGCGCAAUGUAUCCAUAACAGAGCUGGAAGGGAGAGGAAAAAAAGGGGAACAGGCGUUUCGAUCCGAGUCAAAGAGCAGGUUAGCCCCAAUGUGCGCAGAGAGUGGGCUCUGCGUAAAGACCCACAUACUCCAGUGACACGGUUAAAUUGACAUCGGCUACUUUUAAAGCCGCCCUGUCUUCUUCUGCCUACACGCGUGCAGCUCAUUAGGACUCUGAUUAAGAGGUGAAUCGGUCUCUUGCGCACAGGCAGCAGUAAGUGGCAUUUGAGCAUCCUAGAGUUUUUUGCAGCAGCGUGUUUUUGAGGAAGAAAUGGCCAAGUUAUUCCGAGCUGCUAUCAUGGGUCCACCAGGAUCAGGGAAAGGCACGAUAUCCAAGAGGAUUGCGCAAAGCUUUGGCCUGCAGUAUCUGUCCAGUGGCCACUAUCUGCGAGAGAGCAUAGCGGCAAACACAGAGGCAGGGGUGCUGGUGAAGUCCUAUGUAGAAAGAAGCAUGCUGGUGCCCGACCAUGUGAUGACCAGACUGAUGCUGCCCAGACUGAAGCAGCUGAGCGGCCACAGCUGGCUGCUGGAUGGUUUUCCUCGUACACUGUCGCAGGCCCAGGCCCUCAACAAUUUGUGUCAGCUGGACUUGGUCAUCAGCCUCAACAUCCCCUAUGAGACUCUGAGGGAGAGACUGAGCGACCGCUGGGUCCACCCGGCCAGCGGUAGAGUCUACAACAUGGGCUUCAACCCACCCCGAGUGAAGGGUAAGGAUGACGUCACCGGUGAGCCACUGAUUCAGCACGAUGACGACAAGCCCGAAGCUCUGAUGGCCAGGCUGAGACACUACAAAGACGUGGCAAAGCCGGUCAUAGACUUGUACAAGUCACAAGGAGUCCUGCACUCGUUUUCCGGUACAGAGACGGACCGGAUUUGGCCUUACAUCAACUCUCUCCUCAACACCAAGAUGCACACACAGCCGUCAGAUGCCUGCCGAACCCAGACACCCUGACACUACUGAGAGAGAAGCCACGGGGCUGGAGAAGGAGGAGGGCGAGGGCGAGGGCAAGGCAGGGUGAUGUCUUUACAUAGUGGCCUCGUGUCAGCUUUGAGCUUCCUCAUCAGAGGUCGAGAGAAAAGGACUAGGGCACUGAUCAGCACGUUUGUGAUUCAGUCUUCAAUCAUUAGUUGGGUUUUUCUAGAUGAAUGGUUGUAUGCAAAUAUUUCAGGAGCUUUGUACUGAAGAUUGUGACGAAUUCCACGUAAUCACUGUAAAAAUGUUCACAUCCUGCAAGGCAAAAUCAAAACGGAUCAUUUUCAUAAAUCAGCAUUUCACACAAGCACCUGUUUUUCCACAUUUGACUUUCAGUUUAUUCAAUCCACACUACAAAUAGGCAAAAAAAAAAAAAUACAGAUUCGGGGAUUUUCUUGAUGGUAACAAUAUUGGUGCACUAAUAUAUCAUUGGAAACCAAAAAAUGAGGGGUUUGGUAGCUCAAAGCAUUAAAUAUGUAAGACUGAUUCACUGCUGUCAUGAAAGUAAUCUGCUAUUCAAACACAGAUUGUCUUUGUUUUUAUUGAAAAAUCUGGGAUCUUUACAUAUCCAGUGAUACAUGGUAGAUUUUUUUUAAUUUUUUUUUUUUGGUGGCAAUAACAAAUAAUAUCACAUUAUUUCCUCUAUAAGUAUGCUGUGUGGGUGUGAAUUUAAUUAUCCUUCUUUUUGUCAUAACUUCACAACAUUCUGAAACUGAGGAGUUACAGCUUUCACUGAGCAGAAAACGCACAAAUUUCAGUUUCACUACAAUCAUAACCCACCAAAAGUGAUGCUCAGCAUGGUGUUAUCUACAACCAGACCUGUGCUUUGAUAGAUCACCAUCUGGGUACUUUUUUUUUGUUUGUUUUUUCUCAAAUACUACAAACCUGAAAACGCUUGCAUGCAAGUCAUUUCAUGAAGCAGUUUUUAGCUCUUUACUUGUUUCAGCUCAGUGUUUCUAGAAUAUAUCCAUCAUACACAGAUGAGGUGCACUGUAUAAACUGCUAUUCUUUACUUUAAUGCUGGAACACCGCAAACUUUUCUAAGCAGUCAUCUUUGGGCGUGGUCUAAGAAGGCCUCGCUGUCGCUCUGCGGCACUUUGGGGCUGGGAUGAAGACCGAUGCCUUCAAUGUCGUUACAUUCCUUUAAAUGUAAGAGAUAUAAAUAUAAGAUUGCCUUGAGAUUUAUGUCGUAUUUCUAUUGAAAUGUAAUGUUUUUCUUGCUGUUAUUGUUCAAUUAUAAAAUACUGUUGCUUAUAACUUUAGCAAGCAAGAGGUCACAUGUCGAUUCUGACUAGGUCAUUUAUGUAAAAGUGUUGUUUUUGCCCUUCCAGAUUGUUUGAAUGUAUAAAUCACUGUUACAAGAUGAACAGUUUGUAUAAUGUCCAGCUUUGCUUUGCAGCUUUUCAUUGAUUGUUUUUACGGCUUGUCAUAAUUAAUCACCAUAGAGAACAGCUUAUGUUCAGUCAUUUGAAGUUUGCCUCAAGCACACCAGUGACCAACAUGUGCAAUAGAACAACCAAAACCAAAUACGAUUUGUUUUUCAGUUGUGGCAAUACUGACAUUCCAGUUUUCAAAGACUUUCUUGUAAAUGUUUCAUCACCUUAAUUGAUUACAAAAUAACAACAAAAUGCAAAUUCAGGGAUUAGUCAUGGGCAGCACAUGUUUUCCAUCUGUUUUUCAGUUAUUUUUCUGGUUUAUUUUCCAUUUCUGGGGGUUAAAGGAUAUUGUGUGCUGUACAUUAGAUUGUGAAGCCUUUUGAGUUCCCGUAGAUGGGAGACCAAAGAAGAAGAAACUGUCAGAGAAUCACAGCAGAAAAAGUGUGAAGUGUGUUCAUUUGAUAAACACGUCUGUAGAGUCUGUCGAGAGCAGCUGAUUUACAUUGUGGUUUCUGCUGUGUCGACUCUAUAGCUGGAUGCUCAGUCUAUUGUUGAAUGAUUGGGUGUGAUGCGCUAAACUGUACAAAACCACAACUCACUGCUGUUAUGCAACACCAGUGAGUUUCUUUUCUGUCCUGUGUUCAUACUAUGGUGUCUGCACAGAUUACAUUCCAAGAACAAUAAAAAAUAUUUUCCC